AAAAGAUUAACAUACUUGCAGUCAUUUAACGAUUAACAUACAAACCGGCAUACAUAUGUACAUAUGUACAUACAUAGCACCAUUUGUGCACCAAGCAUAAACACACACAGAGUGCUGAGUUAUUGGACAGCCAGCCACCAGCCAUCAACCCAACCAGUGAGCCAGUCAACCUACGAGAAUGUUGCUCAAUGUGCAACCAACUGAGGCAUGCAUAUCGGGAAAACAGUGAAAGUGAUUUCAAAGGAUUAAAGAAGUGUUUUUCAUGAAGAAAUUAAAAAAGUUAAUAAAGCUUGAGUGAAGUGUAGAAGGCACCAACUUAUUGAUAUCAAUAAAUACGUGAACUCACCAAUAAAACUCCAAAUCAUUAAAAGAAUUACCUACCAUAAACCUAGGCAGUCGAGCGCAAAUUAAAAAAAAAAACAAACCUAAACGUAAUUAGCAUAAUUCUGCAAUUACUUGCUUUUUAAAUCAAAGAGAAAACUCAAACGAAAAAAAAAUUUCAACCAAAAAUGCUCCUCACCUCGAACAACAACACUACCAACAAUCAUAGCUACAGCAAUCACACCAUUAGUAGUGGCAGUGGCAACAAUAGCAGCCACAGCAUGACCACCACCACUUCAACGUCCACGUCGACUCCCACGCCGGGCUGUUCCUCCACAUCGUCCAAUCAUACGCUGUUGGAGCCCUCAGCCGCCUGGGCACAGCUGCCCAAUGUCGGCACCUCAGCGGCAUCUUUGGCCGCUGCUGUCGGCGGGCCAAGCAACUCACGUCCACCAUCACGUGCGCCCUCAAUUUUGGAUAGCCCCACCUUGGCGCGCGUGGAACGUGCUCGCUUGCGGCUGGAAGCUACGACAUUGCAGCAACAGCAACAACAUCAACAUCACCAAAUGUAUACGAAUGGUAGUAGUAGUGGCAGCAAUGCAACCACGCUGAAUCGAGAGGGCAGCUUAGAGCGGAGCAUUUUGGAUCCGAAGCAAUCUCUGCUUGCCGGUCGCAUACCAGUCACCUCAAUGACAGGUCCAAUUAAACGUGGCCUGCUGUGGCAGCAACGUGACCGCCUUUUUUCACGCUGGAAGGAAAGGUACUUCGUAUUAACACGCGAUUAUCUGCAUUGUUUCAAGAGAGCAUCUGGUUCAGCUAACGAACGUGCCUCCGAUAUGGGGCAAUUUAUAUUUAAGAAACAUGACAUCAAAAAAGAUCCUGCCUUGACAACACUUUGCUUCGACCAUAAUCGCCAAGCACAGCUGCAGAAAACGCACACUAUAGUGGGUAAAUUAAAGCGCAUCGAUACCAACGAAGUGCUGUUGAACAGCUUGGCACAUCACGUUAAUGUAGAAGAUGUGCAGCCAGAAGAAAGUAUGAGCGAACAAGAUGAAGAAAUUGAUGUUGUAUCACCACACGUGGCCCCAUUUGUUGCAUAUGACCAGGUCAAAAGCUUGAAUUCGGUUACAUCUCGUUUGCAAAAGAGACGACGCAUUCUAGAUUACGCUUCGGAUAGCUCAAGCGAGGAUGAUAAUCCACCCAACAUAAACAACACAGCACGGGGAUUUGAUUUCAUAGAGUCGGACAAUGAGAGCGUAGAUUCACAAGCUGAGGAUAUGUUGAAACACGCUGGCAUUUAUACGCGUGAGGAGGCUUUACGCAUCUCUGAAGCCAAACUAACUAAAUUGCAAGGAUUGUACAUCAACCAAAUCAAUCGCUUACAUCACACAUUGAAAGAGCGUCGUCGUCGUUAUCUACUUGCCUUGCGUAAGGAGCGUGAAAUGCUUUGUAGCAUUCACGACCAACUAAAAGACACGCCACGCGAACGCCAGCUUUAUGAUCAGCUUAAGGCACUCAAUACAUAUCACCGUCGUUAUGGUGUCGAGGCAGUGCUCCAUAAGAAAUUUAAAGAAAAGCGUUCCCGCGCCACAGAGGGCUAUACACAAAGAGGUCCCGGUUAUACCAAAUGUGUCUUCACUGAAGGCGGUGUUAAAUGCGGUGAACGAGCUAUGCCUUGCUGCAAAUUCUGCCGAAAACAUAUUUUGGAAGAUAAAAAACAGAUACUAUUCCGUGCCUGUGAGGUGGAGAAGAGCGGCGUUGUGUGCCAGGAACCCAUACCGUGCAUCUUUGACGAUGCAUCGACAUGUGUCUUGCAUUUGUCCAUACCUCCGCGUCGUCAAUACAUUCAAAAGAAGGAAGAAUCAGAAACCGAGGAAGAUGAAUUUAUGGAUGCUAAAGUGCCGAAGUUGGAGAGUUCGAAUUCGAGUAAAGUAGUGGAUUCGAUAUGUGAGAUUAGAGCUGCAGCUUCGCCGGCUAGGAAUAUAACCAUAUCACAUGACAAAAACGAAGCUGCUGAAGCGUCGAAGAUGAUGCAAUAGAAUACAAUUUACCGAUAUAUGUAGCAUACUUAUAGCAAAAAUCAAAAGCAGUUUAUGGAACGGUGUUUUAAAGAUGAAAUGUCUAAAUGAUCAUGCAAUAUUUUAAAGUGGUUUUAGCCGAAUGGUAAUUUAUUUUUGGAGGAGCUCAAUUGAGU